AUGAUUGGAGCUCACACAGGCCUCACUGAGAAAGUCCUCUCCUACAAGCCCAGCAACCCUCCAGUCGAAGAAAUUCAACCUCCCAGAGAUCGCGCGUUCUUCGCAGAUCCCGAGAAGAAGUCGCUCUUGUCGGCUGUCACCAAAGUGAAGCACUUGACUCCGUACAUCGGCACUGAGUUGCAGGGCAUUCAAAUCAGCAAACUUGAUGAGAAACAGAAAGAUGAGCUGGCAUUGUUAGUUGCUGAGAGAGGAGUGGUCUUCUUCAAAGACCAAGACCUCGCACUCGACGGGCAAUACGAGCUCUUCAAACACUAUGGAAUUCAAGAUAGAGAUCCGAACCAGGUUGAUCCUCGCCAUGUAACUAUUCUCGGUAGAGGAGGCGAUAUCCGCUCCUUCGAGCACUCCAGUAGUGCCUUUGCAGAGUUCCAUUCCGAUCAUUCCUUCGAAAUUAACCCUCCAUCUUAUACAAUGCUCAGAAUGGUCAAGGCUCCUGAAUAUGGUGGUGACACUGUUUUUGUUAGUCAGACUGCAUUGUUUGAUAAACUAAGUCCUACAUUCAAGACAACAUUGCAGGGGCUUCAUGGCGUUCAUAGUUCUGAGCACACGUAUAUCAAUACCAUCAACAGUGGAGGUACUACAUUCAGACCACCGGUGCGAAGGGAGCAUCCACUUAUCCGCACCCACCCAGUAACCGGGGAGCAAUCUCUCUUCUACAAUCCAGCCUUCGUCAUCAAUAUCAAAGAGUUGAAAGGCAGCGAGGCAUUACACGUUCUCAACUUUCUCCGCGAGCAUCUCCAUUCAGCUGAUGAUUUAAGUGUCCGGUGGCACUGGGAAGCCGGCAGCGUCGCGCUGUGGGAUAACAGGGUUGUUGCGCACCGCGCCAUUCCAGGUGGAUACAAUACGGAGGAAAGAGAAGGAAAGCGUACAGCUGUUUACGGCGAGAAGCCCUUUUUCAAACCGAGUCAGAAAACACCAGGCGAGGCUGGGAGCGUACCGGAGAGGGUUUCUGUCACACUUGGACUAGAUGGGUUUUAG